AUGGAAAAGCCUACAUUUCCUAGGAGGUUUUUCACCAAAGGUUCAGAUCCUGAAAGCGACAAAAGCAUCGGGUAUUACAGCAACAACACGAAGUUGUUCGCAGCUCUCACCACACUCUUGACCGAUGAUGAAUGGGCUGAGCUCGAGGAAUCUCCGCUCGGGGUAUUCUUCAGGUUCGUGAACAGCAAAUUCUCAUGGGCUUCAAUGAUUGUGAAGUGUAUGCUCAAUAUGCAAAUAGUGUGCAAGAAGCCCUUCGAGAUUUGGAGUGUGGUUGGCUCAAAUCCUGUAAGGUUUUCGUUGCACGAGUUUGAACACAUUACCGGUCUUAACUGCGAAUACAGAGAGAAUCUCAAGGCACCUCUGACUGCGGACAUAGAUGAGAAUGAAUUUUCUGAGUUUUGGGAGAAACUUGGUGUUCAUACCAAGUUUGGGCCUUCAGUUGAUAACCUCACCCGAGCAUGUGGGUGGGCCCAAGACUGGUCGAAAGAGGACAGAAAGAGGCUGGCUUAUUUAGCCGUCUAUGCUGGUUUCAUUGUUGGCGAGAGGCAAACUAUUGCCACACCGGUCGAGAUGGCAAAGCUAGUAAUGGAUCUUGAAGAGUUUGAAGGUUAUCCUUGGGGGAGAGUAGCUUUCUUGAAUCUCAUUGAAUCUGUAAAAUCUGCCAACCUCACCAAACACUACUACAUUAACGGGUUUGUCGAAGUGCUACAAGUGUGGUCGUACUACGCAAUGCCUAGCUUCGGUCAGGACUUCGGUGAGCCUGUAGUGGGUAGGGUAUCUCCGACUAUGAUGGCCUUCAAAGGAAUGAAAGGGCGCAAAAAUAUAAUGCAGACUCUUCUUGCGCAGGUUAAUUUCAACCAUAUGAUCAUGGUGGACAGGGAUAAUGCUUACCCUAGGUGGGACAACGACGUCGACGAUGAACACAUCGAGAAUGUGAUGAAGGCUUUUUACGGAGAGCUCGGAGGGACCUGGAGAUGGAAGCCUUCCGACUGGAUAUCCGAAGGAGUAAUCGUCUUGGAUAAGGUGAAGGAAGAGAAGGGAAUUGACAAGAAGAGGCAUCUGGAUUCGGGUCUAGGGCCGUCAAAGAGACCAUGCCCUGCCUACGGGAUCGAUGGACAUACCUCGGGAGCUAGUUGGGAUACAUUCCAGUCCACUGUGGCUGCAAUGUUUGAACAGUUCAGUAAGCAGCAGACAGGUGAGAUCGGUCUCCGUUUCGAUAGACUUGAUGAGAAGGUUGAGGUCCUUACAAGCAAAAUUAGUUGUAUGGAGUCGACCAUCGAGAAGCUUCAAAUUGUCAUGUCGGAGGAGGAGAGAGAAGCGAAGGACCGUGUUAAGCCCGACAAUGGUCCUGCGUUUUCUCCAGACGGGAAGCUUCCCGACGAGUCCGAAGCUGCAAAGGAGCAUGACACGUCGAACGCUGCGAAGGAGCCUGACAAUAACAAUCCUGCUGGCCCGGUUAGUACAGAUAACUCUCGCAAAUUCUCUGCUCGUAUUGCUGCAAAACAAACAAUGGAUGAAUCUGAUAAGCUUGAGAAUCCUAAACUCCCUCCCAGUAAGAAGAGUAAAAGUACUAAGACCAAGCGGAAGUAG